AUGUCACAGGACGACAUAGACUUGUCUACGCAAAGGAAGAGACCUAGACUGACCAUAGAUGUGCCCAAAGCUUGUGCAAGCUCAAACAAUGACACCGACAGUGGUGCAACGAUCGAAAUACCUCUGACCUCCAGAAUUCCAAAAUUCUCGACCAUCAGACGCGGUGAGAAAUCCUAUGAAGAAUCCUUUUUGAGAAGAAAAGCUGAUAUUCCCAGUGAAAUUAUUCCAGGCUUGUAUCUAGGCAACGCAAAAACAGCAGCAGCUUACCUGAGAGGUGAGCUGGACGACGACCACCAGUAUCCAGCGAUUUCACGAAUUGUUACAAUUCUCUCUGACAGGCCUUAUCCACUGCCACUACCCUCCCCAAAAGGCUCAGGCACAAAGAUUGAACGAUUGCGACUCAACAAGUUGGAUACCGUUGAUGAGGAAUUACUUUCAGACCUUGACAGAACUGGUCAAUUCAUACACGGAGGCGUUCAGAAGUAUAUGCUCGCCACAAAGUCCCUCCACAAGAACAUCCACGUUGAAGCCAUGUCAUCCAUCAUCACCCAGAUGCAAAGCAUGAAUAUUCACGAUGAUAUUCCUAGGCUUCAGAGCCACAAAUCUAUUCCUACGCUACAAGCCCAACCUAGCUUGAGAGAAACGAUACUGCAAAGACCACAUCGUCGCGCUUUCAGCUCACCUACCAACGGAUACAUGAAUGAAAACUCAGUUGUCACUUCGCCAAUACCACGACCAGGUGCUGUCUUGGUGCAUUGCCAUAAAGGCGUGUCGCGAUCUGCAACCAUUGUCGCAGCAUACCUUCUGAAGUACCACCUCGACCUCGUCAGGACGGUAGAUAUCACUAGCCCUGAAGUGCCGAUAUGGGACCAAGAUCCCACCGCACAAGCCAUCAAAUUCAUUCGGAGCAAGCGGGCAAUCGUCAAUCCAAAUAUCGGCUUUCGUGCUCAGCUCUUACAAUAUUUCCAAUUAGACUGCUCACUCAAAGACGAGGAUGGUCAGUACAAGGAUGAAUAUCUGAGUUAUCAGGAGGACUAUGCUGACAUAGCACGUACCGCAAAGCUGUUUGUAAGCAGACGGAAAGAAGCAGCUCGAAACGCGCGUGCUGAAAAGCUGGAGGCUGAGCCCAUCGAGAGCGACUAG